CAGAUACCCAGCAGACACUGCACAACAUGCAGGAGAGCUGGGAUCUGGGCCGUCUGUCAGUCCCAUGGGGAUGGUACCCUGCAGUAGAUGGGGCCACAGGGAAGGUCCUGAGGUGCCACAGGUGCCCUCUCCUCCAGUCUGACCGCAGGCAGGAGGCACAGGGUGCUGCAGGACGCUGCUCUCCAUCCCUCAGAGAUGCACCCACAGCGUGCACGGUCUCCAGCUGGCGCGAGGCCGGCAGGACCCGGCACGCCUGCGUAUUCCCCAGCCAGGAUGUGCGGCUCUUCACCCAGCUCCACCUCCGUGUCCUGGAUGCCACCACCAACAAGACCAAGUACCAGCGGGAGCUCAGUGUGGAUGUGGUGGGUGAGUCGCUCCCACCAGGCAACAGCCCUGUGACAGGGCAGUUCCAAGAGCAGAGUCUUGUGCCUUUCUCUGCACUGUGGGGACUGGCAGCACCCAUGCCCUGCAAGAUGGGCACAGAGGCAGCCCUGGGAAGACUGUCAAGUGUCUCCCAGCAGGAUAAGAGGGUGCUCAGACAGGAGCUGCCCCAGGAGGACAAACACCCUGGUACAAAAUCCACAGGUCUCAUUGACCCCCCGACAAACAUCACAGCCCAUUGGGCUGGGGCUGUGGGGCAACUCUUCGUAUCAUGGAGGCCACCGCUCGCUGACUACCUGAACUUCUUCCUCUACGAGGUGCAGUGCUGCCCUGCCAGCUUCCCAGAGACACCCUGCAGCACUGCAAUGGACCUCAGUGGGCAGCACCUUGGGGACCCCUACAGCCAGACAGCCAUUAGCAUCCAUCCACCCACACACAGGGCAGCUGCAGCCUCCCGAGGAGCCGGGCAGAGGCUGGUCCAGGCUGACACCUGGGUGGUCCUCCGGGACCUGCAUCCAGGAGUGAGGUACCACAUCCAGGUGCGCAGCAAGCCUGAUGGCACCUCCAUGGACGGCGCCUGGGGGCCCUGGUCGCAGACAGUGGCUGCAGAGACACCCCGUUCCUCUGGUGAGCAGCCAAUCCCACGACCAGGGUGCUGGCAGGCACAGUGGGGAGGCACCCACACCUGGGGCUAUGAGGGAUGGAGGCAGGGGGGUCCUGGAGUAGACAAGGUGUGGCACCUGGGUCUCGUGAGCCCAGGGGGAAGCAACUUCGUCCCUGCCCUGGCUCUCACCUGCCCAGGAGACAUCGGCCUGUGCUGCAGCACCCCUGACCUGCAGCAUGUGCGCUGCGAGUGGAGCUGGGACCCCACAGAGCCCCACGACUCCCACCAGCUCUUCUACCGGCCACCUUCAAGUGAGGCCAGCACAAGGGAAGAUGCAUGGCAGCUUUGUGAGGAAGUGAGUGUGGGGACACAGGGCACCCAUGCCUGCACCUUCCAGCCCAGGGCUGGCAGUGCCAUCUCUAUCCUGGUGAAUGUCACCCAGCCCCACGCACCACCCACACUCAGCUACUUCAAGGAACCCUUCUGGCUGCACCAGGCUGUGCUCACCGAUGCCCCACAGCUCAUGCAGGCAACAGUGUCACAAGGCCAGUUGAGCCUGCAGUGGCUGCCACCCCUGGAGGAACUGGCAGAGCAGCUGGACUACCAGGUCCGCUAUGCCGUGGAGAACAGCCAUGAGUGGAAGGUACUGCAGGUCCCACGGGCAGCCAGGAAAGAAGUCCUGGACCUACGGCCAGGUGCCCGCUACCAUGCCCAGGUGCGGGCCCAGCCCAGUGGGCCAUGGUACCAGGGAAGCUGGAGUGCUUGGUCCAAACCUGUUGUGGUUGAUGCCGUGGCUGAUGCAGGCUGGAUCAUCCCCAGCGUUACAGUGGUGCCGCUGCUCUUCACAGGAGUGCUCCUGGGGCUGCGGUGCACUUUUCCCUCCCUCUACAGCAACGUGAAGCAGAAGCUUUGGCCCCCUGUCCCCGACUUGCACCGCGCACUCGGCAGCUUCCUCCAUGAAAGCAGCAAACACGGCCAGGUGAGGGGGCCGGAGCAGAGGCAGCGCUCCUUGGCGACUGGCUCCCCUGGGGGCAGCUCGAAAGGCAGCGCCUACCGCACCCCUUUGUGUGUGUGUGUCCAGGCCAAUGCGUUCUACAAGCAGCCGUCGGAGGAAGCCGUCCUGCCCUGCCUGCUGGAGGUGCUGCCUGGCCCGCAGCCGGAGGCGGACGCGCCGCCGGAGCAGGCUGCCGGCCGCAUGCCCAGCACCGACAUUGCCAACCAGUCCUAUCUGCUCAUGAGCGGCUGGGAGCCGCGCGGGCCGCCCUGACAUAAACCACUCAUGCACCAA